AUGGCUAACGAUGGAAAUGGUACCGGGUCAUCAUCCAAUGGAGCCGAUCCAAUGGAACGGAUUGUGGAGAGAGCUAUUACCAGUUUCUUGCAAGCCUUGCAGAACAAUGGGUCACCAGAACAUCGAGAAAGGACAACUACGAUUAAACAAUUCCCAGACCUGAAUCCUUCCACGUUCACAGGAGGUUCAAAUCCGUUGAUAGCUGAAGCUUGGGUUAAAGAAAUGGAGAAAAAUUUUCGUGCCUUACCCUGCACAGAAGAACAGAAAGUAUCAUUCGCCACUUUCACCUUCAAGGAAGAUGCGCAAGAAUGGUGGCUUCUCACCUUAGAAAAAGAAGAGAUCGUGACUUGGGCGAGAUUCUUGGAGGUGUUCUAUGAAAAGUAUUUUCCAGAAUCACUACGGGAGCAGAAGGCAUCCGAGUUCCUACAUUUGAGGCAAGGAACAAUGUCGGUGGCGGAGUAUGAAAGUAAGUUCACACGACUAGCACGAUUUGCACCGUAUGUUAUUCCGACAGAAGCCCGAAAAGCAAGGAAAUUUAAAGCAGGAUUAGAUGUGGAAAUCAAAGAUAGGCUUGAGGUUCUAAAACUACCAACCUAUGCAAAGGUGGUGGAUUGA